AUGAAGGGGGAGCGAGAGUCGUCCGCCGAGCUGUGCGGCAGCAGCAUACUCGUCGCAAACCCAAUCCCGUCCCCUUCUCCCUCCCACCAGUCGCCUCCCACCCCCAAGAGCGCGGCAGACGACCACAAGACACCCCCUCCGCCCCGACGCCGAGGAACAGUAGCCUGUCGCCGGUGCCGAAGGCUACGGACCAAGUGUCUCCACGGCCCGGAGAGCAACCCGCCCUGCGACGCAUGCCGUGCUGCCGGCCCCCAGACGGCCUCAGAGUGCUCCUUUCCCAGGAGGGGGGAGAAGGACGUCGACAGGGACUUUCGACGGAGGCAACCUGCCCAUAGGUUGAGUAUAUCGUCGUCAACCACCUCCCAAGGGACUCCCGCCGCCCUCAACUUGUCAGCUCCUGCUGUUCAGCCACUUCCCGCGGGACUGUCGAUGCCCGUCGACUCCCCCAUCUUCGGACCGGGCCCAACAACUCCAUUUGGCCCCAGCAGUCACCACCACACAUCCUCUUUCAACACCACCACACCACGUUUCUCAAACCCUUCUUCAUACGCAAGCAUGAGCCGCCGGCGCCAAGGGUCGUCUGUGAGCCCGUCGUCGUCGUCGAGUCCCUAUUUCCCCUCGCACGAAGAGAUCGUGGCAGGCUGCCGCUCCUUCGUCACCUCCUACUUCCAGCUCGGUUUUCUCCCCAAAGCAAUCUUCAUCGAGGCCAUCUCCCGGAAUGCUAGCUCAAUCAGCCCCUUCCUGCUGAGCUGCAUACUCGGCAUAUCAGCCAGAUUCACGCCCGUCCUGGUCCAGAAGUAUGGCAGCUCAGAGCGGGCGACCGAAAACUUCCUCAGGCUGGCGAGGAUGAUGGUGCCCUCCGAGAUGUACGAGCCCUCGCUCGAGCGAACGCAAGCUUUCUUCCUCCUGGCCAUCGCCGAGUGGGGCAACGGCGACAAGGACCGCAGCUCCGUCAACAUGGGCGUCGCCGUCAGGAUGGCCUCCAUCCUCAAGCUCCACCGAGAGGAGUCAUACCUUCUGCCUCCUGGUGCCCCUGCCGAGCAGGUCAUCCGUGCAGAGUCAGCCCGGAGGACAUUCUGGAUGAUCCACAGCCAGGAGAACCUCCACGCCGGCUACAGCUCGCCGGCACCCUUCCCCCUCGAGGACAUAACCGCCCGCCUUCCGUGCGACGAGCACGACUUCGCCUUCGGCGUCAACCCGACGCCGCGCUCCGUACUCCCUGGCACCCUCCCCGCCCAGCUCCAGCCUGAGUCCGCACGCUCCCCGGACCGCUGCCUCUUCGCCACCCUGAUCCAGUCGCACAACCUCUGGGGCCAGGUGGCCCGGCGCGCAUGCCGGUCCGACCUCAAGACGCACGGCACGGAACCCUGGGAGCCCGGUAGCGAGUACCAGGUGCUGACUCAGGAGCUGCGCCGCUUUGAGGCCGAAAUGCCCGAGCGACACCGCUGGUCGACCUGGAACCUGCGCGGAUGGCGCUCCGAGGGCUUGCACCUGGCAUACUUAGCCGUGGUCAUGGUCCUACGCGUCAGCAACAUUGUCGAGCGGCGCAUCUACCUCGACGAAAUCCUGCUCAGCGCCAACAGCAAUCGCAGCAGCACCGGCGGUGCAGACACCACGGCGGUCUCCCCCGGCAGCAAGAUGACAGCCAAUGGCGGCGCGCCCGACGGAUUCUGGCGCGCCAUGUCGGACGAGCUGUUUGCGGGCGUGGUCGAGCUGCACGAGCAGAUCGACGCCUUCGCGGCCUUGCGUAUGACUAGCACCCGCGGUGGCGCACACGGUGAGGGCUUCCCGGCGAUCCUGGUCUUCUGCGUCUACAUCUGCGGGUCGCUCGCCUCGUACCUGUGGCGGUACCCGCAGCUGUGCCCGCGCGUGGCCGGCGACGCAGAGGCCAUCUCCCUGCGGUGCCUGCAGGUCCUGGGUGACCUGCACCGGGCGUGGCCCACAAGCACGAGGUGGCAGCAGGGCCUGCAGCAGAUCGCGAGCCCGCUGUCGUCAUCAUCUGGCGCCUCCGGGUCCGGGAGUAGCCAGAGCGGGAGCUCCUCCGGGGACUCGCCGCCCACGUCUUGUGGUACGUCAAUGAGGUCUGGGUACUCUGCUCGGCCGGACAGCAAACCGGCGCAGUCACGAGGGGUGACAUUCAAGGAAGCAACCCCCUCGGCUGCUCUCGAUGAGUCUAUCAUCGACCCGAGGCUCACGGCGUCAUUGGAUAGUGGAACAAAGGGGCCGGACGAGGCUACUACCGCGUCUUUCUGGGGCAGUGGUGACGUUGCUCAGGUCCCCAGUGCAGACGCAGACGCCAUGUCGAACGAGCUUUUCGAGGCCGAGAUGAGGACGCUGCUGAGCGAGGACGUGCAGUUUGGAUGGCUCGACUUUGAGCAUGGUGGCGAGUAA